GAUCGCCCCAGCACCCAAGUAUCUGGGUGUGCCGGAGUGUUUGCCUGGUUGGAGAUAUAUUCCCGACAGAGAGCCCCCGCAGGGCAUUGUAGAGGCACGUUCUCUGUUACUGUACUCGUCGUGGUUCCGAGUGGACUGUGUAAUGCGCUCUGCUCAUGUUGUUUUUUAGGGCAUGCUCUUGCCCUGUAACCUGCUGUUUGUCAUUGUAGAGUGUUUUUUCUGACAUACGUUAUUAUCGUGUGGUUGGACCCUCGGUCAGUGUUUGUUACAUUUUCAGUUUUUUUGUACCUACCUCGUGUCGGGUAGAUUGCAUAUAUAUAAUGAGUUCUGCUCCCUGGGGAGUGCCGUACAAAGGAACGGUGUCGCCACGCGUGCAUACUCUAACGCCAAUCCAUUCGGUAGGGUUACACACGACGAAGCGAGACGACACCGGCCCGUUUAAUUAGGACUCCAAAGACGUCUCCUCAAAUCAAGCACUAAAUAAACCACCUUGCAACUUGUUGCAACUUCCAUUAUUUCCGCACGUCGGCCUCGGUGAAGUGACGCGGGUUUGGCCAGGCCACGCUCGCCCGUCCCUUCCUGCUGCUGGAGGAAGAGCCAUUCCCAGCAUGAUUGCCGUGCCUGUGUGAAAGGCUCUCUUGCUGUCCCCUGCGGCAGAUCGGAUCUUCCUGCAAUUAUUUAUGCAUGUAGACGAACGCGUAGAUCUAUUUUCGAAGAUUUUACGCAUACAUGCCGAAGGACAGAGCAGCAGCAGCAGCAGCAGUGAUCCACGAACGUUGGACGCCCCUACUCUUCUUGCAUCCCGCCGUACCGCGCACAUCGGUAUUCUGGCGUACUACCCUUGGCCGUACCCCUUCGGCAUCGCAUCGUACUAUCCUCACCGCCAAUACGGUUAGGGUCGUCGCUGCGUUCGUUGGCAGUGGUUGGAGCAUGGGACAGCAGGUAUGGCGUUUCGAAGUAUCCGUUUCGAGGGGUCUCCGCAGUUUUACCAACAAGGGGACGAGGAGGGUAUCCCUUUGUGUCGCUCAGCCGGCCGACCCACCGCUGGCUCUGCUGACUGUAGGUACUGCUGUUCGGUGUCGCACGUGCAAGUCGGAGAUGACAGCUACUAUGCAUACCACAAAGGUAAACGCUAACACAACUUGGAUGUUGCUGCGGCAAUGGAGACAAUACCGUCCGCCAAACCCAAGGCGAACGUGCGGAGUAUUUUUUGCAGGGUCAACACCUAAUUGCGCCGCAUCGAGUCGCUGCUACCGGACCGGUGCGUGGGUCGGCUCGCUACGUAGUAGCCACCGGCCGCGUCACUUAUCUGUUGGUGGUGCUUCUAGUACCUUUGGUGACAGCGCGCCUGGUGAUGUUGUUUCCUGUGGCGACCCGAAACAAGGACGAGAACAGUUCGUUGUAACAGGAUCGCUCCUUGACGCGAGGAGAGCAGGGUCGGACUCGCCGUUGCCUGGCCAGUUUCUGUCCAUCUCUCACGCGUUCGGGCCCGAGGCGGUGGCUGCGUUCGCGGCUCACGCGGGGGACGACAAUCCGAUACACCUCGACGAGAAUUACGCCAGGCAAACGGGGCCUCGGACCUACGAUGGCUGCAUCGUGCACGGGCUUAUGGUGGCGGGGCUGUUCUCGACUGCGUUCGGCAGGGCUAUAUCCGGGGCGCUGUACGUCUCGCAGACGCUGAGGUUCGAACGACCGGUGCUAGUCGGCGAGAGAGUUGACGCGCGAGUCGAGGUGGAGCGGGCACGAGUCACGUCCUCGGGCCGGGAGGUCUUGGUGCGGUGUUCCACCGUAGCAUCUCUUGCCGACGGCACGGUCGCCGUGUCGGGUCAGGCGAAGGUUCUGUUGCCCCGCACGUGCGAGGUCCGUUCGUGGUAAGACGAGGCUGAUGAUAUCAAGAAGGCUCCGGGUUGUUGCCUCACGGGAGGGACCGCCCCCCCCCCGCGUGGUCGAGCCUCUUCGGGGCGAAAGCGGGUACACACCUACAGAAGAAAGCGCAUGAGGCGCACACUUUCAAGGCACGCCUGGGAGUGAGCACGGCAAUCGGGCGGAUUAAAGUGUCGGUUGUAGCGUAGGCAGGUGCGUGGUUUCCACUGCCCGUCUCGUUGAGCGUGGCCUCGUCAAGGACCGUCGAAAACCUCGCCCAAAUCAUCAGGAUGAGGCGAAAAUGGUUGGUAAAAUAUCGCGUUUUAGCGUGUAGCGACAACGACUUCAUUCGGUGUUUCUGGUUCCGGUAUGUAAGCACAUGGUACAUAUUCUACGCGUGCGGAUCGCGUUUACAUGGGUUCUGUUGCGUAGGCUGGUGGGUAUACCUUCGUGUGAUCACGCACGACACAGCCGGCCGUGCCGUGCGAUUCGCCGCCCAAGUUGACGUGGUUUCUGUGUUUUUCUGCCCGGCGUGUCCCGUUGGCUUCUUCAGCCAUCUCGUGGACUCUCCUAAGGGGGCAUGUGUGUCGAUAUAAUUUGUGUCCUACUGGGCACGUUUUGAGUGAAAAGCAUGGAAGGAGUUCGUAUGAAAAGCUGUG